AUGGUCUGUGAUGUUACCUCAGCUUCCUGGCAGCGUGGCGCUGACAGCUCGCAGCAAUCCUGCUUGCACUUGCUGCAAUACGAUGUGGCGUUGGAGCCGCUCAAGACACAGGGCGUCCAGUGGCUCGCACAGAAUAUGCGCAUGCCUGCAAAUGGUGACCAGCCCCACGGACACGGAGACCUGGCAGAACUGGGGCAUCGAUUCGGCUGGGUGUGCAGCUCGGUCGUGAUUGCCAUCGGUACCCUCCUGGCAGUGGCAUUUCUCUGUGCGCUCUGCAUUGGGCUGCCGCGAAAGCAGCCAAAAGAUCGCAGCACGUCCGACUGGGCUCUGACGGUGUACCUGUGCAUCGUUACGACGUUCAUCUACUUUGGCACUGACCAAUACAUUCCAAGUCUUCCGCAGAUGGGGCGGGAUCUGAAAGGAUCUGAGACGCUCCUCAGUGGUUCGGUCCAGCUGAGCUUCCUUGUGAAAGCCUUGGCCGCAUUGCUAUUCACACCUCUCUCCGAUUACAUUGGCCGGAGGCCGAUUUUUGUUUCGUGCCUAGUUGCGUUAGUCAUGGGGUCACUCGCCUCUGCAUUCGCACCGACUGUUUACUGGUAUCUCGCGGCUCGGGCCAUCCAGUCGCUUGGCGAGGCACUUGAGCCACUCGUCUUCGCCACCAUCCGCGACUGCUUCCCAGACAUGCAAGAACGGCUGCUGUGCAUGUCUGCCGUUGGAUCGAUGUCCUUGAUUGGUAAAGCAAGUGCACCAGUCCUUGGAGGAUUGAUGGCCGAGGCCACGCACUGGCGGGUGCCUUUUCUCGUCUUGUCCCUGGUUUGGACCGGCUUAGCCUGUUGGGGAGCCCGAUAUCUUUCAGAAACCAGCCCUGAGACCGAGCACUACAGUUAUUCCACCAGGCUGGCACGUGUGCUCUCUGAUCCAUGGCUUGUCACGAUACUUCUCACACAAAGUUGCAUCUAUGGGACUUACUAUUCAUUCACUGCGAACAUCAGCUACAUCGCGGAAAAUAUCCACAACCGGAGUAUCGCCACGACCUCUUACCUUAUAGCUGGUUUUUCUCUGUGCUCCACUGUCGGCAUACCUGUGGCCCAGAUCUUUCACAGCUCCAGCAUCUUGCGAACAGCAAAACUGUGGGUGACAGCCUUUGGUGUGGGCAGCGGCCUGAUCUUCUUGCUUGCAGCGUUCUUUUCCGAACAACUUUGGAGCUACACUGGUAGCUCCAUGGUCAUGGGCUUCUGCUACACGUGCUGUAUUCCCCUCUCCGUUAUAUAUCUGGAGCCCUUGGCCGACAUAGCAGGCACGGCAACAGCUGUUCUCGUUUUUGCGCAAGGAGGACCACCAGCCGUCUUCUCUGCCAUCGCGACGCAGUGUGCGAUUUGGGAUGGUCAGCGAGGAAUCACCGCCUUUCAGGCUGCCAGCGCUUUGCUGACAGCGACCGUCUUCUGGCUGGGCCUGCUCUUGGGCUUUGAAGAAGCUGGCGAUCCGGACGGAAAGGCGGCAAAGUGA